AUGGCAAGUGGAGCGGGCAGGGCACUCUCUACACCGAAUUCGUACUGCUUAAUUGCCGAGCAAUUAGCGAGGCGUUCGCCCGCGGCAUUUCACUCUCUCCGGCAGUGUGAUGGGCGGAGAUUGCAGGCGAUGGUAGCGCUUCGGGCGACCGAUGAGAACCGCGGGGCGUCGUCACCUGCCCACGCCGCGAGGUCAGGCCCACGCCACCGCCCACUCUUCGAUGCUCAGUUUGGCUUAAGCGCUACGAGCGUGCACAUUUUCGAC